AUGGACGUAUAUAAUUGUAAAUGUAGGGACGUUUGUGAUAGAAGUCGGCAUUGUCUAAUCUGGUAUUUCAUAUUGAUUUCAGGAAACGUAUGUCCAACGACAUCUGGAGAAAAAGUUGUGCGUGCAUGUGAGGGCAACUUUGCCAGUGGAGAUUCCGUCUAUCUGGACACUUCUAAGGCUGUUAACUAUCAAGGCAACUGUGUAUGUCAACUCAGGGCGCAGGGUGGCGCUGUUGACCUCCAGUUAACAGUGCACGGAGUCCAUGCAGAUUGUGACGCUACCUUGUAUUUCCCCCCACCUAUUGAUUACAACUAUAGGUGUUCAGUCAAGGCACCCUCAAAUAAUACAGGGCGGAUUGGGUUAGGACAAGUGAUUUUCCUUACCCUCAUCAAAAGGUCUGAGGUGGCCGAUUUCUGUGUCCAUUUAGUGCAGACAUCAACAAAAGGCGGAUCACUCAAUUUAGCCUGUUCCAAAGGCACAGUGAAAUCAUCCAGUCCUCUAACAACAACCUCCUCGCAACCCAACACCACUACUAAUGUGGUUACCACUUCGGAUACUUCUGUUACUGAGAGCAAAGAUUUAACAGGAGGUAAUUCAACAACUACAACCACAGAGCGCAAAGAUCCAUCCGGGGAUAAUUCAACCACUACAGCAACAGAGAGCAAGGAUUCAUCUGGGGAUAAUUCAACCACUACAGCAACAGAGAGAAGAGAUCCAUCGGGAGAUAAUUCAACGACCACAUCAACAGAGAGCAAGGAUCCAUCCGGGGACAAUUCAACGACCACAUCAACAGAGAGCAAUGAUCCAUCCGGGGACAAUUCAACCACUACAGCAACAGCGAGCAAAGAUUCAUCCGGGGACAAUUCAACCACUACAGCAACGGAGAGCAACGAUGUAACUGGAAACAAUUCAGCUACUACAGUCACAUCCGGAGAAAACGCAGACAUAACACCUGCUGAAGUAAUAGGUCAUAAUAACGCAGCGCCUUCUCAGUCAAAAGUAACAGUGAGCUUUGUCGUUGUUGGACUCGUUGCUGCAAUCUCGGCAUAGUGAUACAGUUUGGAAUAUUUAGUUCCUGCAAGUAAGACUUUAAAAACGUGGCAUAUUUUAAGCUAAGUUAUAGGCUAUUCAUGUCCGUAUUUCUUCCACAAGAAGUCUAAUCAAGAUCGAAA